AUGUCUGUACCAAGAUUCCAAAAAGUAAACUUUGGAUCAUAUGAUAAUUAUAUUCCAGUCAGUGAAUUAAGUAAAAAAUCAUGGAAUCAACAACAUUUUGCCUUGGCAUUUCCCAAACCACCUCGCCCAGGAAAAAAAAAGAGAUCAAUACCUUCCCAACAAAGUGACAGUCCAGCUCCUGUAAUUGAUGAAGGAAGAUUGGGAAUGCAUAGACCACCCUUAUGGAUGCACCGUUCUUUAAUGAGAAUUUCCGAAAGACCAUCUGUUUAUUUAGCUGCCAGGAGGAGGCCUCCCCAGAAACCAUCUCAGUCCUCCAUGGGUGAUUCUAAAGAUUCAAAAACAUCUUUCUCUCCAGUAGUCAACAAGAAAGCACAGAAAGGGAAAUCCGAUUCCGAAUCAGAGCCCAAAGUGAAGACGGCAGAACUAAAGAAGGGCAGAGAUUCAUCCACAGGCUCUGAAGAUGAGAAGGCUGCCGUAAAGAAGGGCUCCAAGAAAGUGAAAAAGGAUGCAAAUGGCAAAGACUCCACGACAGGAUCCGAAGAUGACAAAGCUGCCGUAAAGAAGGGCGCCAAGAAGGCCAAAAAGGAUGCAAAGGGCAAAGACUCCACGACAGGCUCCGAGGACGAAAAAGCUGCCUUGAAGAAGGGCGCCAAGAAAGACAAGAAGGAUGCAAAGAGCAAAGAGUCCACGACAGGCUCCGAGGACGAGAAGGCCGCCUUGAAGAAGGGCUCCCAGAAAAAUGCCAAAGGUGGGAAGAAGAGCAAAGAGAGAAACACAGAGUCUGAAGGAGAAAAGGGAGGUGAUAAAAAGGGUAAGAAAGAUCUAAAGGACAAAAAACAUAAAAAGGAUGAAAAGAAGAGAGGGAGUGGAGACAAUGAGUCAAAGGAUGUCAUCAAGAAAGACAGCAAGAAAGAAAACAGGAAAGGCAGCAAGAAAGAAGGCAAGAAACACCCCAAGAAAGACAGUGACACCGAAUCUGCUGAGUCCAAGAAGGGUGGAAAGAAAGGCAAAUAG